AAGAUAAGUUUGAUGCUGCUAGAUUUCACCUUUCUGGAAUGAGAUUGUCAAGAAUCUAAGAGAAGAAGAUUACAUUACUAAUCUGGAAAUGGAAUUGCUUCAAAUGCCUAAAAAUACUGGAACUGUUCCCAUGGUGCAAUGGCCUCUUUUUCUACUAGUCAACAAGUUAUUCCUUGCAAAAGAUAUAGCUGGAGAGAGUGACACACAAGACGAACUAUGGGAUAGAAUUUCAAGAGAUGAUUAUAUGCAAUAUGCAGUUGAGGAAUGUUUUUACACCAUCAAGCUAAUUUUGACUUUAAUUUUCGACAAAGAAGGGAACGAAUGGGUUGAAAGAAUAUACGAUGACAUUAAAGCAAGCAUAGUGCAAAGAACAAUCCACUUUGACUUUCAACUGAAAAAACUCUCACUUGUUAUGCAAAAAGUCACUGCCCUUACUGGAAUUCUGAAAGAAGGUGGAAGCCCUGAAUCCUUAAAUUCUCAGAGAGACCACAUUAACUUCAAGACCUCAAAAGGGAAUAGGACUUAUCAGAGAGACCACAUCAACUUCAAGACCUCAAAAGGGAAUAGGACUUAUCAGAGAGACCACCCCCUAAAUAUGAAAGAGAAUUGGGGAAAACCUAAAUGUUUUGGCUACUGGUGUUCCUGA